AGGAGAUCUCAGGCGCACGGUUCCCCAAAAUGACAUCCACUGACAGCAAAGCGGGUGGCGCUUCUCCUGCCUCCAGGAGCUGUGCAUUGAUUUGCGCCUCUUAGCUUCAGGCUGUGCCCCACUACCAGGGCGCCUAAAACGGUCCUUUUCCAAGCCUGCUCUGGGGGUUCAUCUGGAGAGGAUGCUCUUGUCUGUUUCGGGGGAUGUGGAGGAUUGAAGGAGCAGAGUGUGGAGCUGAGGCUGGGGACCCCUGGGCAGGGGUCCUGCCAUCCCUUUGAAGACUGUGCAUGCCUUCCGACUUGUGCCACAAAUCCCGGUAGCCUGGAGCUGUAGCCGGCUGGCCACCCGCACCCACGCACCCCGCCAUCUUGGUCUCCGCCUGUCCUCUGCCGCCUCUCGGGUGCCCUGGAUGGUUACCAUGGAGAACGAGCAGCUGCCAGCCCCCCCUCCGACCAGCAGCGCCACGGCAGCCACGGCCACCAGCAAUGGACGCCAGGCAGGGCCACAAAUCUCUGUGUACGGAGGGAUCCCCGAUCGCCAGACCGUUCAGGUGAUCCAGCAGGCCUUGCACCGCCAGCCCAACACAGCCGCACAAUACCUGCAGCAGAUGUAUGCCGCCCAGCAGCAGCACCUCAUGCUCCAGACGGCAGCCCUGCAGCAGCAGCACCUCAGCAGCACCCAGCUCCAGAGCUUGGCUGCCGUCCAGCAGGCAAGUCUGGCAGCCAACAGGCAGAAUACCUCGUCCAGCAACAAUGGGCCCACGCAGACCCCGCCUCAGCAGUCCACGAUAAACCUGGCGACGUCCCCAGCUGCCGCCCAGCUGAUCAACCGGGCCCAGGGCGUGAACUCGGCGGCCGCCUCUGGCAUAGCUCAGCAAGCCGUACUCCUGGGCAACGCCAGCAGCCCCACCCUGACCGCCAGCCAGGCCCAGAUGUACCUGCGGGCUCAGAUGGCUCAGCAGAGUAACCUUGUGCAAGUAGCUAGGAGCCUAGGCCGUGCUCUCCCUCUCUCCCCGCAGCUCAUCUUCACGCCCACGGCCACGGUUGCUGCGGUGCAGCCCGAGGGGGCCACCACCACCCAGCCAUCCACCACCACAGCUCAGGUACAAAACUCAUCUCUCCGCACCCAGCAGGCAGCCGCUCAGGGGCUGGCUCCCUCCCUGAGCCAGCAGCUCCCCACAUUGGCCAUGAAGCCCACCCCGAGCAACACCAGCCACUCCACCUCCUCUCCGGCUACUCAGGGCAAGACGGCUGGGCAGGCUCCUGGCGGCAAGGCGGGCGUCUCCGAACACGCCCCGGAGCAUCUUCGGAAAGGAGAGGGGGGUGGCGGAGGUGGCAGCAGCAGCGGGGGAGCUGGGAAUCUGGAUGGGAGGGGCGGCUCCACAAACCGGACGGUCACCUCCUCCACGACUCACCCGCUCAUUGCCCCAGCGUAUUCCCAGCUACAGACCCACCAGCUGUUGCAACAGCAGAAGCCAAUCCAGCACCAAUUUGUGAUCCAGCAGCAGCACCCGCAUCAACCCCUACAGCCCAGGCCUCCGCAGCUGCAGGUCCCCCCUCCGCCGACCCCCAGCCUCGGGGCACCCCCCAGCCUGCAAGCCCAAGGGCCCUCGCAGAACCAGGCCCCCGCUACCAGCCUGCCAGCCUGCCAGGCCCCCAGCCAGCACAAGCCCGCUGCCAGCCAGCCCUCGCAGCAGCACACCCCGCAUCCCCCUGGGCCCCCAGUGCUGGGGGCUCAGAGGCUGGAAGGUGGCUCCCCAGCCAGACCCACCGGCUGCCCCAACCACGCCGGCCAGCGCAAGUUCCAGCACGCCUCGGCCGUCAUCCUUCAACUACAGCCAGCUGUUGGAACACCUCCACUCAGCAACCAGGAGAAUUCCAGGAAAGACCCGUUUCCUGCAGAGAAGCCCCCGGCAGAGUCACGAGUCGCGCAGCCCCUACUCCCACCCCAGGGCGCCUUGUCGACGCCACCCCUGACAGCCCCUCCUGAGCAGCAGGCCUCUGAGGGCACUGGGACCACCCCGCCUCACGAGGCCGGCCGGGACAGCCUCCGCCGCACGCCUCCGGACGCCCCCGGCAGCCCCGGCAUGACAUCGGGGAACAACGGCAGCUCUGCCUCCACCGUCGCUGGCGCCCCUCAGAACGGUGAGAACAAGCCGCCCCAAGCCAUCGUGAAGCCGCAGAUCCUGACCCACGUCAUCGAGGGGUUUGUGAUCCAGGAGGGGGCUGAGCCGUUCCCGCUGUCAGUCGAGCGUCCGCCCUCCCCUCGUCCUGCGGGGCCAAGGCCACCCGGGUCUCCCUGGAAGAAGAGAAGGGGGAGGGGGCUGCCUUCCAAGCUGCCUUUCGCCGACUCCCUUGUCGAAGCACCUCCCUCGCCCAUCUCUCCUUCGCUGGAGGUGGGGCGCUCUUCGCUGCUGGUGGGGAGCCUCAAGCAGAAGUAUGCCCAGGACCUCCUGGCCGAGAAACCCCAGCACCAGGACAACAACACAACCACCACCACCGACUCCGAAAUGGAGGACCCCUAUCUACAAGAAUCCAAAGACGACGGAUCACCCCCGAAGCUGAAAUGCGAGCUCUGCGGCCGCCUUGACUUUGCCUACAAGUUCAAGCGGUCAAAGCGGUUCUGCUCCAUGGCCUGCGCAAAGAGGUACAACGUGGGUUGCACAAAGCGUGUGGGGCUCUUCCACCCAGACCGCAGCAAGCUUCAGAAGCCCAACACGCCUCCACACGGCCGGCGUCGGACCUGCAAGGGCUCCCUUCCCCCUCUCAGCAAAGAGAACAAGAAGCAGGCGCCGGUAUCGCUGCCCCCUGGCUCGGGGCCCAUUUCCGUCUCUGGGUCUCUGCAGCUGGCUCACGUACAGGAGGACUCCAGCCGCUGCUCGGACAACUCCAGCUACGAAGAGCCCCUCUCGCCCCUCUCGGCCAGCUCCUCCGCCUCCCGCCGGCGCCAGGGCGAGCGCGACAUGGAGCUGCCCGAUGUGCACGUCCGAGACCUGGUGGGCAUUGGGCACCACUUCCUGCCCAGCGAGCCCACCAAGUGGAACGUGGAGGACGUCUACGAGUUCAUUCGGUCCUUGCCCGGUUGCCAGGAGAUUGCGGAGGAGUUCCGGGCGCAAGAGAUCGACGGCCAGGCCCUACUGCUCCUGAAGGAGGACCACCUCAUGAGCGCCAUGAACAUCAAACUGGGCCCAGCCCUCAAAAUCUACGCCCGCAUCUGUAUGCUGAAAGACUCCUAGAGGCCUUCAGGCUGGGGCGGGUGGGAGGCCCUGCUGGCAAACGGAUGCUUUCUUUCUCGGAGGCUGGGAGGGGCUGGGAACAAAAUGGACUCUGCUUUCUUCUGCCUCCCACUCUUCACAAUGCAACUUGAGCACAGAGGCAACACCCCCAGCCUCCCUCGACGACGGGAGGGGUGCGGAGGGACCCCGACUCGGGUGGGAUGUCCGUAAGCUAAAGCCGUUGCGGGGCUGUACAUAAAUAUGUAGCAUUAGCUUCCCCCCUGCAGCAAUGGAGAGAGUCGUGCAACCUUGUUUUUAUAGUGGUGGGGGCGAGGACCCUCUUCCUCGCCCUGGAAGCUGCUUCUCCUGCGUCCCAGAGACCACCCCCCCAAGGAUCGGACACACCUACUUGAAACCUCAAAAGCCAAACAGGACCAUUGCCUUAAAUUUUUUUGUAGGCGUGUGUGUGCGUGCGUGUGGUGCCGGGUAGUGCCCUCUGUUUCCUCCUCCCUCCCUGCACCCUUUCCUCUUCUGCUAUAUCUCUUCCCAAGGCACAUCGGGGGAAGCAGUUGCCCUGAUAGAUCUCCUGAUUCCCAUGGGGGAUCGUGCAGGAGAAGGGAUCUCCGUCCAGUCUCGCGGGGGUGUAUUGCUCCCCUCACACUGUUUUGCUUUGGGUUUUUUAAAACAAUUUUUUUAAAAGGGGAGGAGUAAGUAGCCAAGCGCAAGUCGUGCAAACUGGCUGGCUGACGUCCAGGACUACUGGGAAGGCCUCUAUUCUGAUUUGGGACCAGGUCUGCAGCUGCCUUAAAAAUUUAAAUAAAAGGCCCUUUUUGCCCCUGCCACAAACACCUCACCCCCCCCAUUCUCCCCCUCCCAUAAUAUCAAGGCAGGGCAGGAGGAGCCGGCUCUCUCCCUGGAAGAUGGGGCUGGCCUCAGAAUUGUCGAGAGUGGGCGGGCAUUUCCUCGGGUGAUCAGGAACUGCGGGGAGUGGGAUUGCAGCUGAGCUGCACCCCCCCUGCCCCUUUUGACGGUUUGUGUGUGGUGCCCCCCUUCUUUGUGCUGGCCACUCUCCACAGCCUCUGGGCUGCAAGCAAAAGGACUUUCUACUGUUGCCCCUCCUCCUGUUUUUAAUAAACGCCUUUUGGAAUUAAAAAAAAAAAAAGA